CUGAUAACAGCGCCACUUACGUUGACAGCCAGCGGCCAUUUUCCGAAUUUCUUCCUCACGAGAUAUUUUCCGAAAAUUGUUUGCCUUUACUAACGAAAAUGUUGAACCGAAGCGCUUUAUUCGCCAGGAAUGUAGUCACCAAUUUCGUGAGGAACCACCACGGAGGCAACCCCGGGGAGAACUUACCUUUUGACAUCAACAAUAGGUUUAAAUUGACGGCCAUGUUCAUUGCGUUCUUUGGAUCCGGAUUUGGGGCGCCCUUCCUCAUCUUGAGACACCAACUUCUCAAGAAGUAAACUGUAUUAAGUGUAUAGUCAGAUUAGUAAGAAUUUUUUAAUUCGUAUGUAAGUACUAAAACUUCAUUCAUUCAAUAAAUGUUACUGUAAGUAA